AUGAAUAAUGAAAGCAUAGGAAGACGAAAAAUCGAAACUAUAGCGGGCUUAUCAGCAGGUUUUGUUACUACAUUAGUGUUUCAUCCUCUUGAUUUGAUCAAGAUUCGACUUCAAUUACUUAAGGAACCAAGUAGAGCACCAUUUUCAUCCAUAGCUAAAGUUCUUUCGGAAAUUAACAAGUCAGCAAUUACAGAAUAUGCAAACUACAACUCCAAUAACAUUAUAUUGAAGCAAUACAAGUUUCCUCAUACCAUUAUUCAGUGCUACAGAGGGAUAGCACCAAAUCUCAUAGGAAACAUUACGGCAUGGUCAUUAUAUUUUACCAUUUAUGCCGAACUUAAAGGGAUUAUACACACAUCUAAUAAGACCGUCGACUAUUUUACCUCUUCGACGCUUACAGGUCUUACAUGUUCCGUAAUCACGAAUCCUAUUUGGGUGUUGAAAACCAGGAUCCUAGGUUCUUCAAAGUACGACGUCUAUGCUUAUAAAUCUUUAAGAGAUGGUAUUUCACAAAUAUACCAACGCGAAGGAAUAGCAGGGUUCUGGAAGGGUACUACUCCUAGUAUGCUUCAAGUUUUUCAAGCGAGUAUUCAGCUUACGUUAUAUGAUCAUUCCAAAAACUUUUUCACAAGUAGACAUAACACCUCCAAGCUAUCGACGACUGAAUAUAUUUAUUCCUCAGCACUCUCAAAAGUUCUUAGCAUGACCUUAAUGUACCCCAUUCAAGUCCUAAAGACAAGAUUACAAAGUUAUAACCCACAAAAUGAGAAACGAGGCAUCAUUAGUGUUGCUAAAGGUAUAUGGGGCGACGAGGGUAGAAUGAGAGGAUUUUAUAAGGGUUUUGGCGCAAAUAUUCUUCGAGUUGUUCCUGCUACUUGUGUCACAUUUGUUACUUACGAAACAGUGAAGAAUUAUUUAUCAUAUAAAUAA